AUGUCCAAGAAAAAUACUCAACAUACAAAGAAAGGUCUGUCCGUCAUGUUUAUGGCUUAUGGACAAUUUUUGGAUCAUGAUAUAUCGCUUACACCUCAUGCAGAAUGUGACGUCAAAAGUUGUGGUAAUUUGAAUGUGGCAUACAAGUAUCCAUGUUUUCCAAUCAAAUUUAAAUUGUCAUCGGCAGAAUGUACGUCCCUUGGUAGAUCUGUACCAACCUGUCAAAGUAGAUACUCAUCUCGUCGUGAAUUCAUCAAUGUGCUAUCAGCUUAUAUUGAUGGUUCGCAAAUUUAUGAUAAUGAUUUCGAAAGGAGUAAAACUUUGAGAAAAAACGAUGGUAAGCCGAUUGUUGUAGUUGUUGAUGUUGUUGUUGAUGUUGUUGUUGAUGUUGAUGUUAAUGCUAUGUUCCAAUGUUGUACGAUUUUUUCUUUCCCUUUUUUUCUUUUUGUUGUUAAAAUCAUAUGCUCUGUGAUAGGUACUGGACAAUUAAAAAUACAAAGAAAUGGUUUACUCCCAUUAAGAAAAACAAAUUGCGAACGAGCCACAGGCUGUUCAUUAGCCGGUGAAACUAGAGCAGACGAAAAUGCUGCAUUGCAUGUUCUGCAUGUUAUUUGGGUCAGAGAACAUAACAGAAUCGCAAGGAAGCUAAAAUAUUUAAACCCACAUUGGAGUGAAUAUCAACUUUUCCAGACGAGCAGGAAGAUUGUCGGUGCCAUGCUUCAACACAUAACAUACAACGAAUUCCUGCCCUUUUUAAUUAAUCUGGGUCCACACAAAGGAUAUAGUUCGCACGUUGAUCCCUCCGUUUCAAAUGGGUUCUCUACAUCCGCCUUUAGAUUUGGACACAGUUUGGUGCCUAAUUCAUGGGCAUUGCUGAACAAAAAUUUUGAUAAAGUGGCUCCCGAUCUUCCCAUCCGAGAAACCUUUCGCAACGUUACCUUUGUUCGAAAAUUUGGCAUCGAAUCUCUCACUUUCGGUUUGCUUGGUAAUCAAUCACAAGAAGUUGAUGAAACAUUUUCUUUUGACAUCGUGCGCCGUCUUUUUGUUCCUCCCAGUCAAUCAGAUUAUCGGGAUCUAACUGCCCUAAACAUCCAACGUGCCAGAGACCAUGGUGUACCGACAUAUGGACAUUGGAGGAAAGCUUGUGGCCUAAGGACCAUAAGAAGUUACUAUGAUUUAUAUGGAAUAGUUCACUCUGCCGCUAUACCCAAACUAAAAAGCCUUUACAAGAAUCCAAACGACAUCGAUUUGUUUGCAGCUGGUAUUAGUGAGAUUCCACUCCCUGGUAAACCAUUGGGCGAAACUUUUCAUUGCAUUAUAAAAGAUCAAUUCGAGCGAUUAAGGACGGGGGAUCGAUUUUUUUACCAACACCAUGGUGUCUUCACUUCACGUCAGCUCCACGAAAUCAAAAAAGUCACACUAUCAAAAGUCCUUUGUGAUAACCUACAUGGAGUAGUUUCGCUGCAAAAAGAAGCAUUUAAAGCUUUCAAUAGUGGUGCAAGACGCUACGUAUGCGGGUCAAUACCAGGAAUUAAUCUCCAUUACUGGAAACAGAGACCUUACUAAUGCAAUCAAUAAAGAUAAUUCCGAUAUCAAUCAAAUUUGAUAUAUAAUUAAAAGAAUAAAUAAUGAAAAAUAUUUUAUUCAAUUUAUUUUUCUCAUUUCCUUUUUCUAUUUUGUUUAAUUCCUUUUAUUUAUUUUUUUAUUUUUUAAACCGUCCAAAUUUCAGCUGAGAAAAACUGUGCUUUUUUAACACUUUUUUGUUUAAUUCUUUUUUGGUUUAUGUUUUUCUGGAAAAUAGGGAAGUAUGAUUUCGAAAAGAAAAUAAAUAUUUUGGGGAUUGCAAGAAAUAGGCGUUGAAAUUAUUGUAAAAAACAUGCACGUAUACUAGUAAAAGAUAAGAAAUUGUGAAAUAAAAUAAUUGCUUUCUAGUAGUUCUAAUUACAUUAUUUUUCUUCUUCUUACUGAGCAGGUUUUUAAUACGUUCCAAAUUUUUGCCAAAACCUUAACCUUGACUUUCUUAUCAACUAGCUUCUUUUUAAAAAAAGGUGUAAUAUUGCCAUAUUACGGAAAAAUAUGACGUUUCACCUGGUUUGCUCUCUUCGUCUAAACAGACAUUUGAUUUUAGCAAUAUGUAUUUUGCAGAACAAAUUUUAUUUUAACGAUAAUUAACGCUGGAUUGAAUGUUAAAGAGUUUGUUAAAGCAGUUGUCUCAUCAUUUUUUAUACAAGGCUGAAAAGGUGAAAUGUUUGCUACUUUGGCGCACAAGUUGGCCAGACUGACAGCGUUUAAAAUUUUCUAGUGGCAUUAUCUAGCGCUUUUACGCAACGAAAGAAUCCACGUCGGGACUCAGGAAGGUUCCAAAAUUCUUAAAAAUGGUCGUACUGACGUCAAGCCUUCUGUGAACUUUUGAUGAUUUCAAAAUACCCGACUCUAAUUCUCCAAGACUCACAAAUUUCGUCCAUGAUUGCAGCAACAAAUUUUUG